CAGAGCAGCGUCCUCCUUCGGCCGUGAUAUCCACCUGACGCGAACGCACGCACGGAGUCAUGCGAAGAGAGACGCUGUUGGCCCUGCUUACCGUCGCCCUCGCGGCAACGGUGGCGGCGAAAGACUCCCCGGCGGCCAAGGAGGGCCACAGGACGAAGCAGGCUGAGGAGGAGAUCAGCAGGACCCAGAAGAAGCGCGGCCUCUUCGACCUGGGCUACGGGGGCGGCUACGGCUCCGGGCUGGGCAUCGGCUACCUGGGGGGCGGCCACGGGCUCUUCGGGGGCGGCGGCGGCUUCGGCGGCAGCUACGGAGGCCACGGCCACGUCAAGACCGUCACAGUCACCCAGAAGGUCGGCAUCCCCGUGCCGCAGCCGUACACCGUCCACGUGCCCGUUGACAAGCCCGUCCCGUACCCCGUGGCCAAGCCGUUCCCCGUCGAAGUCAAGGUCCCCGUCGACAGGCCUUACCCCGUACCGGUCGAGAAGCCGGUCCCUUACCCGGUGGAGAAGCCUUUCCCAGUACCGGUGAAGGUGCCGGUGGACCGACCCUACACCGUCCACGUACCCGUCGAGAGGCCCGUACCUUACCCCGUGGAAGUCAAGGUCCCGGUACCCCAGCCCUAUCCCGUCCACGUCCCCAAGCCCUACGCCGUCGUCGUCGAGAAGAAGGUCCCCGUGCCAGAGCCCUACCCGGUCGAAGUAAAGGUCCCCGUACCACAGCCGUACACUGUCCACGUCAAGGUACCGGUGGAAGUGCCCGUUGACCGCCCUUACCCUGUCCACGUAAAGGUCCCCGUCGACAGGCCGUACCCGGUGCACGUCCCACAGCCCUACCCAGUGGAGAAACCAGUACCUGUACCCUACACUGUCGAGAAGCCCUACCCUGUAGCGGUGAAGGUUCCCGUGGACCGUCCUUACCCGGUGGAUGUCCCCAAACCCUACCCAGUACCUGUAGAGAAACCUGUUCCCUAUCCAGUCGAGAAGCCAGUUCCCUACCCCGUCGAGAAGCCCGUAGCCUACCCGGUCAAGGUACCUGUUGACAGGCCCUACCCUGUCGAUGUGCCCAAGCCAGUCCCUUACCCAGUUGACAAGCCUUACCCUGUGCCUGUUGACAAGCCCUACCCAGUGCCAGUAAAGGUCCCAGUAGAAAGGCCCUACCCAGUUCCCGUGAAGGUCCCCGUGGCGGUCCCGAUCAAGUCUCACUACGGCGGUGAAGGUCUAGGAAGUGGCUACGGAGGUGGAUUAGGGGGCUACGGAGGUGGAUUUGGCGGCUACAGUGGAGGUGGCUACAGUGGAGGCUACCACCAUUAAGGCAGACUGUUGACGCUCUGAAGUUACCACCAUGGAGUUCGUCUCCUACGCCAACAUCGUAGAUCAUUAACCGCGCCCACAGUAUCGAAGUACCAUCUGAAACACCAUCAUCAUCAGUCGUCUGUCCUGUGAUUCCACGCCCUGAACAACAGCUGACGUCAUCACUGAGGUCCAACUGAUCAUCAUUCCUCGCUGCUGAUCCUGCUCCUUGAGCCGUCGCUCACACUCAAUUCCCAUGCACCACAUUUUUUUAUGUAUUCGCAACUGCAUAUAACUGUACCGCUGGCUACCACGUGACUCUCAGUGGAAUUUUCCUUCGCCUUAUCAUCGCGAUUACUCAAAUUUGUUAUGAGGAGGAAAUAUUGUCUCCUUCUGACUACUAGUUGUGAACCCUCCAACUUGUGUGUAGUAAACGUUGCUCAAAAAAGGAUAGUCCAGCACAUUACAGAGCACUUCAAUCGAAGAGGCUCUGUGACGGGCAAGUCCAAACGAAGUAAGCGUUCCUUGGAGGAUGAUGAUGCCAAAGCAUCCUAGUUACCAGAAAUCACAUUGCUAAUGCCUCCUUGGAUGCGCCUAAGAGAACUGCAUACAGGAAGAGUCACUGUGUAACAGAACGGUACAAAUAUGCUUUUGCAUUAUGUAUAGUUUCCAGUCAUAUGUCAAAGUGUCUGCUUGACGUACACCAUCUCAUUUUGUGAUAAGUCUUGUUUAUAUGUUCACAACUAUUUUUGUACUGCAAAAAUAAAUAAAAAAUAAAGAAUAUUUUUCUCAAA